GAACAAGACCAAGACCCAAACCCCCUCCCCGAUCGAGGUCUGCUCUCCCUGGUUCUUGUACAGAGCCAGGCAGAAGGGCAGAUCCAACGCCUCCGUCCUGGCACACAACGCUUCGUCUUAUAUAUCCUCCUCGUCCGCCUCCGACCGCCCGGAUCUCCCCAUUCCCCCCGCUGAAUCGAGCUCCGAGACCGUCGACCCGCCAGCCCUGUCUACCGCCGGUCGCCGCCGCCGCCGUCACAGCUCCCUCGACUCGCCCGAUAGCUCUACGCCGGCGUCCGAGGAAGAGAGAGUAGGAAGCCACUCCGUUGUCGAGCUCUCAGGUACGAUCCGCCAGCAAUCCCGAUCCGAGCGCCACUCGCGGUCUCCCAAGCGCAGGCGUCUGACAAAUAUGCGGGUGGACUCUGGCGUGUCCCCUAUGGCGAGUACAAAUGGGAUCACGCGAGCAUCGAAUGGGGCUCUGGUGUCGCCGUCGAGGAAAGCGGCUAUGAACGGGCAGGCCGCCGCCCACAAUGCGUCCAACGGGGAAUCCUAUACCAACGGCUCUACGAAGCCGCUCAGCCAGAGCUUUUUCGGACACGACCGCGAGGAGGUCACCCGAAUCUUGAUCCAAGGGCUCUAUGAUCUAGGCUACAAUGACGCAGCGUCUCUGCUCAGCCGGGAGAGCGGCUAUCAGCUGGAAAGUCCGGCCGUGGCCGCCUUUCGGACUGCAGUGCUUGAGGGUCAAUGGUCUCGGGCGGAGCAUAUUCUAAUACAGUCAUUUCGGCGAAGGAAUCUCAGGGACUCCGCUGCAGAGAGCCUGCCAGAUGAAGACCGGCUAGUAUUGGCCCCGACGGCAGAUAAGAGCGAGAUGCUAUUCUAUCUCCGACAACAAAAGUUCCUCGAGUUAUUAGAAGAGCGAGACCUCAGUGCCGCUCUGAUGGUGCUUCGGCAAGAGCUGACGCCACUGAACUACGACGUAGGCCGCUUGCAUGCUCUAUCAAGUCUCCUCAUGUGCCCCGCUGAACACCUCCAUGACCAAGCCGGCUGGGACGGUCCGAUUAGCUCAUCUCGUGAACGAUUGUUGACGGAAUUAUCCAAGUCCAUUUCUCCCUCCGUCAUGAUCCCGGAUCAUCGGCUAGCAGUCCUACUCGACUAUAUCAAACAGAACCAGAUCAACCAGUGCUUAUAUCACAAUACGGCCGAGCCACUUUCACUUUACUGCGACCAUAUGUGUGACCGAGACGACUUCCCGCUACGCUCGACCAUCGAACUGAAGGAUCACUCGGACGAGGUCUGGUGGUGCGAAUUUUCCCACGAUGGCUCCAAAUUGGUCACUGCUGGUCAGGACUGUAGUGCUAUCAUCUACGAGACGGAGACGUUCACCGUGCUACACAAACUAAUGGAGCAUGAUAACGGUGUGGCACACUCCUGCUGGAGCCCGGAUGACUCGAAACUGAUCACCUGUUCGCGGGAUAAGAAGGCGCGAGUGUGGAGUGUAGAGACUGGCCGGUGUCUCUUGACAAUUAAUCAUCAUCGAGAACCAGUGACUGCGGCUGCAUGGGCUCCAGAUGGGGAAUCGUUUGUCACAGCCUCUCUGGAUUCCAGCUCGCAACUUUGCCGCUGGAGCAUGCGAGGCCAAGCUCUUUACAUGUGGCCGGGGGGGUUCCGCGUCGAAGAUCUUGCCAUCACGCCAGACGGCCGACGACUGAUCGCCAAGGACGUCGAUCCGAAACUUCACGUUUACAACUUUCUCACCCACGAAGAAGAGUACUGCUUAUCGCUAAGGUCAAAACCAACCUCAGUGACUGUCAGCCAGGACUCGAGACACAUGCUGGUGAAUCUAGCCGAUGGCCAGAUUCAGCUCAUCGAUAUUGAGACCACCGACGUGGUCCGUCGAUUCCGAGGUCAGGCACAGGGUGAAUUCAUCAUCCGAAGCAAGUUCGGCGGUGCGGCCGAGAACUUCGUCAUCAGUGGGAGUGAAGAUUCCUGCAUAUAUGUCUGGCACAAGGAGAACGGCACGCUUGUCGAAAAGCUAGAGGGACAUACGACAGGACGGCGUAAGACUGGUUGUGUUAACGCCAUCUCAUGGAAUCCUACCAAUCCGGGCAUGUUUGCCUCUGCCGGCGACGAUGGCCUCGUAAAAAUUUGGACUCGAGAACGCGAUUCUCCGAUCAACGCAGUAGCCGGCAAACGUCUCUAGUUUAUAAACAUCCAACUCAAUUCAAGAUUCUCACUUUCUCUUCUUCCCCCCAUAUGUCUACCCAACCAAGGAUGGACAGGAAAGGGUACCAUUAUUAUCACUCGAGAUAUAUGCAAUACAAUGUUCUGGGUCAGGUGAGAGGCGUUUAUAUGCAGUCUAUUUUCUUGCUUUUAUUUAUCUCUUCCCCUGUCUAUUCUCUAAUUAUGGGAGCAUGUAAUUGCGGGGGCUCGAUUCUAUUUGUUCGUUGGUCGACUCAAUUCACUGU